AUGUCCUUUCUAUCUUUUUCUUUCUUUUUUUUUUCUUUCUUUCUUUUCUUUUUUUUCUUUCUUUCUUUCUUUCUUUUUUCUUUCUUCCUUUCUUUCUCUUUUUCCUUCUUCUCUCUUUUCAAUUUCUCACCUUUCUUUAUUUUUCUCUCUCUUUUUUCUUUCUUUUUUCUUUCCUUCUUUAUCUUUUUUUCUCUAAAAUCUUUCUUUUUUUUUUCAUAUUCUGUCUUUCUUUUUCUUUCUCUUUCUCAAAUUCCUUCUUUUUUUGUCUUUCCGUUUCUCUUUUUUCUUCUUAUCAGUCUCUCUCUUUCUCUCUUUUUUCUUUCUUUCUUUUUUCUUUCUUCCUUUCUUUCUUUUUUCUUUCUUUCUUUCUUUCUUUCUCUUUCUUCUCUCUUUUUUUUCUUUCUUUCUUUUCUUUUUCUUUUUUUCUUUCACUUCUUUUUCUUGCAUGUCCUUUCUAUCUUUUUUCUUUCUUUCUUUUUCUCUUUUCCUUUCUUUCUAUUUUCUUUUUCUUUCUUUCUUUCUUUCUUUCUUUUUUCUUUCUUUCUUUCUUUUUUCUUUCUUUCUUUCUUUUUUCCUUUCUUUCUUUCUUUCUUUUUCUUUCUUUUUUUCUUUCUUUAUCCUUUUUUCUCUAAAAUCUUUUCUUUUUUUCUCUUGCAAAUUCUCUUCCUUUUCUUCUUUCUUUCUGUUUCUUUUUUUUUUUUUUUUGGUCUUUCUUUUUCUAUUUUUUCUUCUUUCCGCAUCUCUCUCUAUCCUUCUCUCUCUUUCACUCUCUCCUUCUCUAUCAGUCUCUCUCUCUUCUUCUCUCUCUCUUUCUCUCUAUCCUUCUUUAUCUCUCUUUCUCAAUCUCUCACCUCUCUAUCAGUCUCUCUCUCUCCUUCUCUCUCUCUUUCUCUCUCUCCUCCUCUAUCUCUCUUUCUCAAUCUCUCACCUCUCUAUCAGUCUCUCUCUUCUUCUCUCUCUCUUUCUCUCUAUCCUUCUUUAUCUCACUUUCUCAAUCUUCCACCUCUCUAUCAGUCUCUCUCUCUUCUUCUCUCUCUCUUUCUCUCUAUCCUUCUUUAUCUCUCUUUCUCUCAAUCACCUCUCUAUCAGUCUCUCUCUCUCUCUUCUCUCUCUUUCUUUCUCCUCUCCUCCUCUUUCUCUCUCUUUCUCAAUCUCUCACCUCUCUAUCAGUCUCUCUCUUCUUCUCUCUCUCUUUCUCUCUAUCCUUCUUUAUCUCUCUUUCUCAAUCUCUCACCUCUCUAUCAGUCUCUCUCUCUUCUCUCUCUCUUUCUCUCUAUCCUUCUUUAUCUCUCUUUCUCAAUCUCUCACCUCUCUAUCAGUCUCUCUCUCUUCUCUCUCUCUUUCUCUCUAUCCUUCUUUAUCUCUCUUUCUCAAUCUCACCUCUCUAUCAGUCUCUCUCUCUCUCUUCUCUCUCUCUUUCUCUCUAUCCUUCUUUAUCUCUCUUUUCUCAAUCUCUCACCUCUCUAUCAGUCUCUCUCUCUUCUCUCUCUUUCUCUCUAUCCUUCUUUAUCUCUCUUUCUCAAUCUCUCACCUCUCUAUCAGUCUCUCUUCUUCUCUCUCUCUUUCUCUCUAUCCUUCUUUCUCUCUUUCUCAAUCUCUCACCUCUCUCUAUCAGUCUCUCUCUCUUCUCUCUCUCUUUCUCUCUAUCCUUCUUUAUCUCUCUUUUCUCAAUCUCUCACCUCUCUAUCAGUCUCUCUCUUCUUCUCUCUCUCUUUCUCUCUAUCCUUCUUUAUCUCUCUUUCUCAAUCUCUCACCCUCUCUAUCAGUCUCUCUCUCUCUUCUUCUCUCUCUUUCUCUCUAUCCUUCUUUAUCUCACUUUCUCAAUUUCUCACUCUCUAUCAGUCUCUCUCUCUCUUCUCUCUCUCUUCUCUCUAUCCUUCUUUAUCUCUCUUUCUCAAUCUCUCACCUCUCUAUCUCUCUCUCUCUCUUCUUCUCUCUCUUUCUCUCUCUCCUUCUUUUUCUCUCUCUUUCUCAAUCUCUCACCUCUCUAUCAGUCUCUCUCUCUUCUCUCUCUCUUUCUCUCUAUCCUUCUCUCUUUCUCAAUCUCUCACCUCUCUAUCAGUCUCUCUCUUCUCUCUCUUUCUCUCUAUCCUUCUUUAUCUCUCUUUCUCAAUCUCUCACCUCUCUAUCAGUCUCUCUCUCUUCUCUCUUUCUCUCUAUCCUUCUUUAUCUCUCUUUUUCUCAAUCUCACCUCUCUAUCAGUCUCUCUCUCUUCUUCUCUCUCUCUCUCUCUCUAUCCUUCUUUAUCUCUCUUUCUCAAUCUCUCUCACCUCUCUAUCAGUCUCUCUCUCUUCUCUCUCUCUCUUUCUCUCUAUCCUUCUUUAUCUCACUUUCUCAAUCUCUCACCUCUCUAUCAGUCUCUCUCUUCUUCUCUCUCUUUCUCUCUAUCCUUCUUUAUCUCACUUUCAAUCUCUCCCUCUCUCUCAUCUCUCUCUCUUCUUCUCUCUCUCUUUCUCUCUAUCCUUCUUUAUCUCUCUUUCUCAAUCUCUCACCUCUCUAUCAUUCUCUCUCUCUUCUCUCUCUCUCUUUCUCUCUAUCCUUCUUUAUCUCUCUUUCUCAAUCUCUCACCUCUCUAUCAGUCUCUCUCUCUUCUCUCUCUCUUUCUCUCUAUCCUUCUUUAUCUCUCUUUCUCAAUCUCUCACCUCUCUAUCAGUCUCUCUCUCUUCUUCUCUCUCUCUUUCUCUCUCUCCUCUUCUCUCUCUCUUUCUCAAUCUCUCACCUCUCUAUCAGUCUCUCUCUCUUCUUCUUCUCUCUCUUUCUCUCUAUCCUUCUUUAUCUCACUUUCUCAAUCUCUCACCUCUCUAUCAGUCUCUCUCUUCUUCUCUCUCUCUUUCUCUCUAUCCUUCUUUAUCUCUCUUUCUCAAUCUCUCACCUCUCUAUCAGUCUCUCUCUCUUCUUCUCUCUCUCUUUCUCUCUAUCCUUCUUUAUCUCUCUUUCUCAAUCUCUCACCUCUCUAUCAGUCUCUCUCUCUUCUUCUCUCUCUCUUUCUCUCUAUCCUUCUUUAUCUCUCUUUCUCAAUCUCUCACCUCUCUAUCAGUCUCUCUCUCUUCUUCUCUCUCUCUUCUCUCUAUCCUUCUUUUUCUCACUUUCUCAAUCUCUCACCUCUCUAUCAGUCUCUCUCUUCUUCUCUCUCUCUUUUUCUCUAUCCUUCUUUAUCUCACUUUCUCAAUCUCUCACCUCUCUAUCAGUCUCUCUCUCUUCUUCUCUCUCUCUUUCUCUCUAUCCUUCUUUAUCUCACUUUCUCAAUCUCUCACCUCUCUAUCAGUCUCUCUCUUCUUCUCUCACUCUUUCUCUCUAUCCUUCUUUUCUCUCUCUUUCUCAAUCUCUCUCCCUCUCUAUCAGUCUCUCUCUCUUCUCUCUCUCUUUCUCUCUAUCCUUCUUUAUCUCACUUUCUCAAUCUCUCACCUCUCUAUCAGUCUCUCUCUCUUCUCUCUCUCUUUCUCUCUAUCCUUCUUUAUCUCUCUUUCUCAAUCUCUCACCUCUCUAUCAGUCUCUCUCUCUUCUUCUCUCUCUCUUUCUCUCUAUCCUUCUUUAUCUCUCUUUUCUCAAUCUCACCUCUCUAUCAGUCUCUCUCUUCUUCUCUCUCUUUCUCUCUAUCCUUCUUUAUCUCACUUUCUCAAUCUCACCUCUCUCUCAGUCUCUCUCUCUUCUCUCUCUCUCUUUCUCUCUAUCCUUCUUUUAUCUCACUUUCUCAAUCUCUCACCUCUCUAUCAGUCUCUCUCUCUUCUCUCUCUCUUUCUCUCUAUCCUUCUUUAUCUCUCUUUCUCAAUCUCUCACCUCUCUAUCAUUCUCUCUCUCUUCUCUCUCUCUCUUUCUCUCUAUCCUUCUUUAUCUCCCCUUUCUCAAUCUCUCUCACCUCUCUAUCAGUCUCUCUCUCUCUUCUCUCUCUCUCUCUCUCUAUCCUUCUUUAUCUCUCUUUCUCAAUCUCUCACCUCUCUAUCAGUCUCUCUCUUCUUCUCUCUCUCUUUUCUCUCUAUCCUUCUUUAUCUCACUUUUCUCAAUCUCUCACCUCUCUAUCAGUCUCUCUCUUCUUCUCUCUCUCUUUCUCUCUAUCCUUCUUUAUCUCUCUUUCUCAAUCUCUCACCUCCAUCAGUCUCUCUGUCUCCUUCUCUCUCUCUUUCUCUCUCUCCUCCUCUAUCUCUCUUUCUCAAUCUCUCACCUCUCUAUCAGUCUCUCUGUCUCCUUCUCUCUCUCUUUCUCUCUAUCCUUCUUUAUCUCUCUUUCUCAAUCUCUCACCUCUCUAUCAGUCUCUAUCUCCUUCUCUCUCUCUCUUUCUCUCUCUCCUUCUCUAUCUCUCUUUCUCAAUCUCUCACCUCUCUAUCAGUCUCUCUCUCUCCUUCUCUCUCUCUUUCUCUCUCUCCUUCUCUAUCUCUCUUUCUCAAUCUCUCACCUCUCUAUCAGUCUCUCUUUCCUUCUCUCUCUCUUUCUCUCUCUCCUUCCCUCUCUCUCUCUCUCUCUUUCUUUCUUUCAUUUUUAUUUAUUUCUCGCCACGAACCAAAUCGUAGUCUUUUCCCCUUUCCUUUAUCGUUCCAUCUUUUUUUCAAAAUCUUUUCUUUUUUAUCCAAUUUUCAAUUCCGUCCUUUGUGUUCCCCUCCUCUUCCCUUUUUCCUAAUUUAUUUCCCGGCUUUUUAUUUCUUUCCGAAAUUGCCGAUUUGUUAUUAUUUUCUAAAUCGUCAUCUUCAUCAUUUUUUCCACUCUUUUCUUUCUUUUUUCUAUUUCUUUUUUCUUUCUAUUUUUCCUUUCAUUUUCGUUUCUCUUUCAUUUUGUUUUCCUUCUCUUUCUUUUACAUUGAUUUUUCGUUCUUUUUCCAGCUUUUUUCUUUCGGUCUGUCUUUUCCCUUUUCUAUCUUUUCCGAAUUUAUUUACUACUUUUUUCUCUUUCUUUUAUUUUCAUUUUUCAUUCAUUCUUUUUCAACUUUUUUCUUUCUUUUCCUUUUUAUUUCUUUUUACUUUCUUUUUUUCUUUCUUUUUUCACUUUAUUUUUCUUUUAUUUUACAUCCUUUGUUCGAUUUUUUCUUUCUUCUUUCUAUCGUUUCCUUUCUCUAAUUUUUUCUUUUUCCUUCAUUUUUCUUUCUUUUUUCUUUUUCUUUCAUUUUUCGUUCUUUUUUUCGUACUUUCAUUUUUCUUUCUUUUCUUUGAAUUUUCUUUCUUCUUUACUUUUGAUUUUCAGUCUUUUCUUUGUUCGGCUUUCAUUCUUCCUUUAUCUUUCUUUUUUCUUUCCAUAUUUUUCUUUUUCUUUCCUUUAUUUCUUUCGUUUUCUACUUUUUUUUCAUUUUUCUUUUAUUCUCUUUUUCGGUUUCAUUUUUCUUUCGUACUUUCUUUCUUUUCUCUUUCGAUUUUGAGUUUCAUUUUUUCCUUCCUUUUGUCUUUCUUUUCUUUCUUUUCCUUUUUUCUUUCUUUCCUUUGCUUUUUCUUUAUUCUUUGCGUUUUCUUUUUCAUUUCAUUUUUCCCUUUUCCCUUUAAUUUUUCCGUUUCUUUUUCUUUCAUUUUUUCUUUGUUUCGUCUUUAUUUUCUUUCUUUCCUUUCUUUCUUUUUUCCUUUGAAUUUUCCUUUUCUUUUUUCGUUUUUUUUUCUUUCUCUUCAUUUUCCUCUCUUUCGACUUUCUUUUCUUUCUUUUCCUUUCUUCAUAAUUUCCUUUGCUUUUUCCUUUUCCUUUUCCUGUUUUUGUCUUUCAUUUUACUUUCUUUCGUUUUACUUUUCUUUCUUUUCCUUUCUUCUUUCUAGCCUUUGCUUUUUCUUUUUCCUUUUCAUUUUUUCCCUUUUUUCUUUUCUUUUUCUUUCAUCUUUAUUGUUUUCACUUUAUUCCUUAUGCUUUUUCUUUUUACUUCCUUUUUUCUUUCCUUUCUCCUUCUUUUUCAUUCUUUUCUUUUCUAUCCCUCAGUCUUUCUUUAAUUCUCCCUCUCUUCAUACCUAA